AUGAGAAGCGAAGAAUCUUCUCUUUGUGCAUUCACAGAUAGAAAGACUCUAGUCUCAUAUGUGCCUCAAAAAUUAAAAACUGUUAUUCUCAUUUCUUCAAUGCAUCAUUCGAAAUCAGAGGACCUUGAAACUGAGAAUCCAGAAAUAAUAAAAUUUUACAAUGUGACUAAAGGAAGCGCAGAUGCACUGGAUGAAAAAUGUUCUAAACAUUCUACAAGCCGAAGAGCAAGGCGAUGGCCAAUGGCCAUAUUCUUUAGGUUACUUGAUGUAAGUGGAAUUAAUGAACAUGUCGUUAAAAGUCAUCAUCAACAUCAGUCGUUAAAAGAUAGUGCCAAAUUGGAAAAAACGUAUUUUUGGUUGAGUUAUCAUCAGAAUUAG